UGCUAUUAGAACACAUUCACCCAGAGUAGACACUCCUACCUGCUAUUAGAACACAUUCACCCAGAGUAGACACUCCUACCUGCUAUUAGAACACAUUCACCCAGAGUAGACACUCCCACCUGCUAAGCGUAAACUACUUGGUUUACCGCAGUGUGAGUGUUUUUACUGCUCUUUAUUUGUCUUUUCGGGAUCCAACCCCUCUUCCUCCUUUCUUUUUUGGCCGUUUUCUUGGAAUGGAUGACACACAGAAAGAAGAGCUCUUUUCCAACAGAGGAUUGCAGAGGACGUUGUUGACCUUCUACAAUUUGUGAGAUAAACUGUCAUAUAAUAUAACAAGUACUCAGGAAUAUAAAGCUAGACGGAGAAAUCAUCAUUUAUCUACUGAGCAGUGACAGAACAGACAAAACCUGUCAAGCUCUUUUCCUUCUUAUUUUUGAAUAGAUGUAGAUUCAAAGUUGAUCCUAUUCAAGAAGUGUAAUAAACGGACCAGGAAGGAUAAAUGUGAGAGAGUUCAGACCUCUUCCAUGACCUCAUACAUCCCUCCUGUCUGUUGAGCUAUUACAAUCCGAGAUAGAAAGACGUCUAUCCACUUUGAACAGGGCCUCGUCUGUCAGCCUCUCUACCAUCGGUUAAUCUCAACUCUUCUACUUCUUUAUAACUCAGUGAUUUGUCUCACAUGAUUUCAGAAGAUGGGACUCUGACCCCUUCAAGAUCACCUGACCUGAUUGGACCAACCAGAUGACAGGGCAAAACCAGGAACUAAAACAUCUUGAUCCUCUAGAGGGACCUUUUUAAAGUCGACUCUCUCCCCCCCACUUCCUUCCGGUGGGGGGGAGGGCAUAGCAGUGAGCCAAUCACAGCUCGGGAUUGGUCCCUUCGCUAGCCAGUCAGCCUAUCACCUGUCAGGUUACUGAGACCAGGACCAGACCAGCAGCAUGGACACUAGUCAGGGCAGCCCAGAGAGCCCUAACCGGGCGGUGGAGUACCUCCUGGAGCUCAACAACAUUAUAGAGAGCCAGCAGAAGCUCCUGGAGACCCAGAAACACCGUAUCGAUGAGCUGGAGGUUCAAUUAGACCGGCUGGCCCAGGAGAAUAAAGACCUACGCCUCGACCGCCAGCGACCUUUACCCCCUGAACCGCCACCCUGCCCCCCGCCACCACCUGCCACCAAAACAUCCAUACCCUCUGUACCAGUCCGCCCUGUUCAGACCCAGCCUUAUAAUCGUACCAGUACCAACACUACAGCCAUACAGACCCCCACCCCCACAGCCUUUCCAACCCCACCCCCGGUGCCUGUACGGGAUCAACGCAAACCUCAAACCCCCAAGACCCCACGCCGUACCCCUCACACGCCCCAAACCCCCAAACGUACUCCAGUCACCACUCAGACACCCCGCACUCCGCAGACCCCCAAACGAACCCCAGUCACCACCCAGACUCCACGCACUCCGCAGACCCCCAAACGAACCCCAGUCACCACCCAGACCCCUCGCACACCGCAGACCCCCAAACGGACCCCCCACACACGGCUGACGCGAACCAUCUCGACCGGAACAGGCACCAGCUUCGUGGAGAUGGAGAAGGAGAGACUGGAGAGGAUGGAGGAAGAGAGACUUCACAGCUCCACCUUGGGAAACCCCACCAACCACAGACAGUCAGACGGACACUUCAACAAAGACAGCAGUCUGACAGCUAACAGUCAGUCCAGCUCCACCCACCACCAGUACUGUUGUCCUGCCCGGCUGCUCCUGCCCAAGCCACAUUGCGCCCUCUCCUCGCCCAGGCACUCUGACCAGGCAAGAGAUGAUGAAGACGAUGACAUCGCCCAUCAGUUCUGUUGCCCCGCCUCCGAGUGCAGUAGCCCGUCCUCUAGGACGGAGCAGGAGGUACAGCACACCCUGUCUUUUCAAACGUCCAGAGGGUGUUUUGUGUCGAAGCUGAGAGAGAAUCAGAACGCGAGCUGCUCUGUCAGAGGGCCAGGCAGUCGUUUGGUGUUCAACAUCAAACUGUUCCUGUCAGGCCAGGUGUUCAACAUCAAACUGUUCCUGUCAGGCCAGGUGUUCAACAUCAAACUGUUCCUGUCAGGCCAGGUGUUCAACAUCAAACUGUUCCUGUCAGGCCAGGUGUUCAACAUCAAACUGUUCCUGUCAGGCCAGGUGUUCAACAUCAAACUGUUCUUGUCAGGCCAGGUGUUCAACAUCAAACUGUUCCUGUCAGGCCAGGUGUUCAACAUCAAACUGUUCUUGUCAGGCCAGGUGUUCAACAUCAAACUGUUCCUGUCAGGCCAGGUGUUCAACAUCAAACUGUUCCUGUCAGGCCAGGUGUUCAACAUCAAACUGUUCCUGUCAGGCCAGGUGUUCAACAUCAAACUGUUCUUGUCAGGCCAGGUGUUCAACAUCAAACUGUUCCUGUCAGGCCAGGUGUUCAACAUCAAACUGUUCCUGUCAGGCCAGGUGUUCAACAUCAAACUGUUCCUGUCAGGCCAGGUGUUCAACAUCAAACUGUUCCUGUCAGGCCAGGUGUUCAACAUCAAACUGUUCCUGUCAGGCCAGGUGUUCAACAUCAAACUGUUCCUGUCAGUGGGAACAAGGUGCUAUUAG